AUGGUGUCAUUUUCUGAGACACAGAGGUGUACGUUUUGGAAAGGCUACAAAGCAAUGCAUUUAAAAUGUCUUCUUUUUUUUAAGGCUGAUAAAGAAUUUGUAUGGUCUUUGUGGAAACGUCUCCAGGUGACAAACCCAGAUAUCACACAAACAGUCAGUUUGAUUGUGGAAAGAGAAAAACAGAACUCUGAAGCUAAAGACAGAAAAGUUUUAGAAAUUCUGCAAGUCAAGGAUGCUAAAAUACAAGAAUUGGAACAGAGAGAAUCAGCACUAAAACAGGACAUAAAUGACCUUGUAAAGCGGAAGAUUGCAGUAGAUGAAGAAAAUGCUUUCUUAAGGAAAGAAUUCAGUGACUUGCAGAAGAAAUUUAAAGAUAAAAGGCAAGAAGUUAAGGACAGUAAAGAGUGUAUACAGAAUAAGGAAGAACAAAACAGACUGGUUAUAAAAGACCUGGAAGAGGAAAAUGAGAAAUUAAGUACCCGCUGUGUUGACCUGCUAAAUGACCUGGAGAGACUGAGGAAGCAGGAAGCUCAUUGGAAAAAAGAAAAAUAUAGCAUUGAUGCAAAAAUAAAGGCCUUUGAAGACAAUUUAAUGGAAGCAAGGAAAGAAAUUGAAGUUUCACAGAGUAAAUACAAUGCUCUCUCAUUACAGCUGACUAAUAAACAGACUGAACUUAUCCAGAAGGAUAUGGAUAUUACCCUGGUCAGGAAGGAGCUGCAGGAACUGCAGAAUCUUUACAAACAGAACAGUGCACAUACAGCACAGCAAGCAGAGCUGAUCCAACAGCUUCAGGUUCUGAAUAUAGACACACAAAAAGUACUGAGAAAUCAGGAAGAUGUUCAUACAGCGGAAAGUAUAUCAUAUCAAAAACUUUACAAUGAGUUACAUAUUUGUUUUGAAACCACAAAAUCAAGUGAAGCUAUGCUCCGGCAAAGUGUUGUUAGCCUUCAGGAUCAGCUAUUUCAAAAAGAGCAAGAAAAUGCUAAGUUAAAAGAAAAGCUUCAAGAAUCAACAGGAGCACCUUAUUCUUUACCUCAAGAAAGCGAUUCAGAUCACUCAGAACAGGUAUUUCAACGGCCAUCUUUAUCGAGUUUGGAAACCUUAAUGGUGUCACAGAAGUCUGAAAUUGAGUAUUUACAGGAGAGACUGAAAAUAGCAAAUGAAAAACUGUCAGAGAACAGAUUGAUCAACCAGGGUUCCUCAGAAAAGAGCAUCUGGACAAGUGUUGAAGGGAAACAAAAGGAACCACCUGUGAAACGUUCAAGGUCUUUGUCCCCAAAGAGCUCUUUCACAGACUCAGAGGAGCUAAAGAAGCUGAGAAAAGCUGAAAGAAAGAUUGAAAACUUAGAGAAGGCACUACAACUAAAGAGCCAAGAAAAUGAUGAGCUAAGAGAUGCCCAUGAAAAACGCAAGGAAAGGCUACAGAUGUUACAGACCAACUACAGGGCAGUAAAAGAGCAAUUAAAACAGUGGGAAGAAGGCAGUGGCAUUCCUAUUUUUAAAAUAAAGAGAGCAGAUCCCCAACAACUUCGACAAGAAGAUUCCGAUGCUGUAUGGAAUGAACUGGCCUAUUUCAAAAGGGAAAACCAGGAGCUAAUGAUUCAAAAGAUGAAUCUUCAGGAAGAAUUGGAUAAACUUAAAGUGCAUAUGUCUAUUGACAAAGCAACAAUACAAGAAUUGAAUACAUGGAUAGCAGAGAAAAAAGAAGAACAACUCUUUAGACAUGGUGAAGAUGAUGGGGUCAAGAAGAGUACUCCAGAGAAGAAUGGGAAAGAAAUGUCGGAGCAGACAUUACAGAAGGUCAUUGAGUUGGAAAAUCGGCUAAAAUCUUUUGAGAAAAGGUCGAGAAAAUUAAAAGAAGGGAAUAAAGAAUUAAUAAAAGAAAAUGAUUUCCUGAAAUCCCUCUUAAAACAGCAGCAAGAAGAGGCAGAGACCAGAGAAAAAGAGCUAGAACAACUACAAAAAGGGAGUAAAGAUGUAGUAAAAAACAAAGCUGAACUUCAAGUAAAAAUCAGUGAGCUCGAGAGAGAAGUCACUUCCCUAAGGAGACAAGUGGCAGAAACUAAUGUGUUAAAAAAUAAAAAUGAAGAGCCGAUUAAUUCAAUGGAGAAAUUGCAGCACUCAGUAGACAAAGCUAAAUCUGAGAUGGACACCACAGAAGUAAGAUCUGGGCAAUAUGAUUGUAAAACAACCACUACCAAGGUGAAAUUUAAAGCCGCCAAGAAAAAGUGCUCUGUGGGUCGUUACCACACUGUUCUCAAUCACUCCAUCAAGGUUAUGAGCAAUGUGUUUGAGAACCUCAGCAAGGACAAGGACUGGGAGGAUGUGAGUGAAAGCAGCAGUGAUUCUGAAAUACAGACCUCUCAAAAUUUAGGAACAAUUAUUGUAGAAACAUCCCAGAAAAUAAGUCCUAUAGAAGAUGGAAGAGACCAGAAAGAAAGUGAUCAAAUAGAAGACAGCCACAUGCAAGGAAAAAGAAUAGUACAAACAUAUUCAAAUACAGAUGGCAAGAUCCCGAAGGAUUAUUUUCAUUACAAGAAUGCCAAAAGGCCAACUUUUCAAAAGAAGAAUGGUAAUAUUCAAAAGAGUUCACAUACAACAGGUCCUACCAGAGUUUACAGAGAAAAAUUAAAAAGUAUAUCUGCCCAGAAAUCAAGUAGCAAUGUUAUUUUAUUACGAGAAAGAAUUAUAUCCUUGCAGCAACAAAACAGUGUACUUCAGAAUGCCAAAAAAACAGCAGAAUUGUCUAUUAAAGAAUAUAAAGAAGUCAAUGAAAAGCUCCUUCACCAGCAGCAAGUAUCUGAUCAACGAUUUCAGAUAAGCAGACAGACAAUAAAGAAGCUAAAUUUGGAUUUGGCUGAUCUUCGGAAAGAAAAAGAAGACUUAUUAAAGAAAUUGGAGUCCUCAUCUGAAAUCACAAGUUUGGGAGAAGUUUCCCAGGUAACAAUUCCACGGAUACAAGUUACAUCACUUGGUCCUUCAAGAAGCAUGGAUUUGGAAAUGAAGCAAUUACAGUGCAAACUAAAGAAUGCAACUAAUGAACUCACUAAGCAAUCAUCAAGCAUGAAGUCUCUGAAAUUUGAACUCCUAGCAAAAGAAGAACACAUAAAGGAAAUGCAUGAAAAGUUGUCUCGAAUGGAAAGGGAUAUAACCAUGAAAAGACAUUUGAUAGAGGACUUGAAAUUUCGACAGAAAGUAAAUUUGGAAAGUAAUGAGAGCAUUAAUGAAAUGUUAGAAAAUCUUGAAAAAAAGGUAAAGACAUUGACUGAAGAGUGUUCCAACAAGAAGAUAUCAAUUGAUUCACUAAAGCAAAGACUUAGUGUCGCCGUUAAAGAGAAGUCGCAGUAUGAAGAGAUGUAUCAGAAAACUAAAGAGGAAUUAGAAAAAAAGGAUCUCAAGCUUUCUCUCCUAGUAUCAAAAAUAAAUGAGACUGAAUCUGCAAUGGCAGACAUUGAAACAGCAGCUUCUAAGCAGCUUCAAGGAUUAGCAUUGCAAAGUGAGCAGGCCCUAGAAGGUGCACAGAAGAAACUGCAGAUAGCCAGUGAGAAAGUGGAAGAGUUCACCUUAUUUGUGAAGGCUUUGGUCAAAGAGUUACAAGUUGAUGUCCAUACAAUAAGGCGACAAAUCAGAGAGCUUAAAAGAAUGCAGAGAAAGAAGGAUGCUCAUAAAACCUCAACUCAUAAAGCCCAGACCUUGGCAGCUUCUAUCCUCAACAUUUCACGAUCAGAUCUAGAGGAAAUAUUGGACACAGAAGAUGAAGUGGAACUCAAAAGGACAAAGAUAGAUGCUGAAAAUGACAGGGAGUGGAUGUUGUAUAUUCAGAAACUUCUUAAAGGACAGCUUCCCUUUGCCUCAUAUUUACUAGAAGCAAUACUGGAGAAAAUAAAUGAAAAAAAGAAACUGGUUGAAGUAUAUUUCACAAUUAUGAAAGAUAUUAGAUGAUAUUACAAUGAAGAACUUUUUUCAAAUGUGAAAACUUUUUAUGUGGUGUGAUUAGAAAACAUGCAUUGCAAUCCUGAUACAGUAUAUACUCUGACUGUCAAUAUUCAGGUUCAAUACCAAAAUAGAAGUCUCCAAAACUAAUUAAUUGCUGAACACACGAGUGAAACUAAUUAAGUGCAUAGCCAUUUAAAAGGAAAUGGUGUAGCAUUUGAUUGUUGAAUACAAAUAUUGCCACAAAUCAAUGCAGACUUAAAAAUGAUUUUCCCUUCAUUGUAUUAGAAGAAAUCAGAACCAGCUUGGCACACUCACAUUGGGCUGAACAUAAAAACAAAAAGAUGUAAACAGAGGAUUUAAUAUGUUAAGGUUUAUAAAGAAACUAGACUUUUUACAUAAAACUGCUAUAAAUGGCCUUAAAUCAUCUAGUGAGUAAAACAUUUGUAUUGUAAGCAAAUAUAAAAUGAAGCAGCAUAACCUAAGGAUGAGCAUUUAGUGAAAUAACUUGUGUGGUCCAACUAUAUUUGUUCUCAAUAUUCUGGAUCAUAUAGGAGAUACUGUACUUUCUUAGAACUAUUUGGCAAAAAUAAAAGUAUUUUCUCCUUUUCUCUCUCUCUUUUUAAAUAUCAUACUCUUGGUGUGGUCAUAUAAAUUAGCAAGGGACCACAAACCCAGUGUAUAAAAUUAGGCUAGAUCCUACUGUAGUCAACUAGAGUUAAAUUCUUAACAGUGGUGCCAUCCAUGUUUGAUUCCUUUAAUCCACCAAACUUGCACCUGCCUCCAGUUUCUACCCUUGCUAUUCUCUUUCUAGAAUACUCUGUACUCAACUUUUCUCAUGACUGGCUCCUUCUCUUCCUUCAGGUUCAUCUUAUGUAUUCCUUCAGAGACACAUUCCCUGACCACCUUACACUUUAAUUUCAUUUAUAACACAAAACUGUCUACUUUAUGUGCUCACUUAUUUUGUUACUGUUUCCCCCCACCUUUAGAAUAGGACCCAUGAGGUUAGGCUGAGGUUGGCAAAUCUGGCUUGCCACCUGUUUUUGUGUGGCCUACCAACUAAAAUGAUUUUUACAUUAUCAAAUGUUUUUUUUAAAGGAGAAUAAUGUUUUGUAGCAUGUGAAAGUUAUAUGAAAUUCAGAUUUUAGUGUCCAUCAAUAAAGUUUUAUUGGAACACA